GGAACAUAAGUUGAAGAAAGUGGACCUUCGCCAACGCCAAGAAAAUCAAUUUCUUAUCCCGCUCGAGAAACGCCGGUCGCUCACGAAAUGCAGGCCGCUUUGAAGGGCAAGUAUGAAUCGGACAAAACCGCCGCCGUUGCUACCGUCGCCGCCAACGCCGGCGACGUCAAGCUCCGGGCUUCCUUGACCGACGCCACCGUCGUCAGCGGGCCCAGCUUAAACGGCCUGUCUCUCGCCGUCGAAAAGCCGGGCUUCUUCAUCAUCGACUACAACGUCCCCAAAAAGGAUAUUAGGUUUCAGUUCAUGAACACAGUUAGGGUUGCGGAGAAGCCAUUGAAUUUGACUUACAGUCACAGUAGAGGGGAUAACCGGACGGCACUGGACGGGACGCUGGUUUUCGAUCCGGCGAAUAAGGUGUCGGCGAAUCAUGUACUUGGUUCGGGAAACUGCAAGCUGAAGUACACUUACGUGCACGGCGGAGCGACCACGUUCGAGCCGAGCUACGAAUUCGCAAAGAAUUCGUGGGAUUUUGCAGUUUCGCGGAGGGUUUACAGCGAAGAUGUGUUUAGGGCUUCGUAUCAGACGUCGAGCAAGGUGUUGGGGCUGGAUUGGUCGAGGAAUUCGAAGUUGAACGGAUGUUUCAAGAUCUCCGCAUCCGUCAAUCUUGGAGAGGAGAAACAAGUUCCAAAGUUAAGUGCUGAGACGACAUGGAAUUUUGAAAUGUGAAUUUUCAUCCCAUUACUGUUUUAAUUGGGCUGUUCUGUUGUGGAAAUUUGAAUUUGGAAAAGCCAGGUUGCUGUGGCUGGGUUCCCUGUACCACCCAGUAGAGGAAAACCUAGUGCCUCUGAACAUCAACAUACAUUUGCAGUAGCAGUUGUUCUGUUUGUAUUUCUAAAUGAGCUGAGCAUCAUGCUACGGCCAGCUCCAUAGCCAUUUAUUUUCAGGAAAAUAUGUUCCCAUUUGGACUCGUAAACCUUUGAUUUCUUGCUGCCGAAUAGUUUUAUUUUCUAGUUGAUAUAUUGACGCUGGGACAGUGCUCAGCUCUUUCCUUU